AUGACCUACAAGAAGAACGCAGACGCCAUCACGGUCGCUACGGGCGACUUCAACGAAUCUAUCCCCAUGGUGCUGUCCGAGAAGACGAAAGUCGUGGCGUACGAGCCUAAUCUGUGUCUACGAUGGCUCGUCGCAGACGAUAGAUGGUUCGAAGUCAAGCUGACCAGCAUCCCGGAUUUUUGGAGGCUGAACAGAUGCUUCGAAUAUAACAACGUGACCACAACUCAUGAAGCCGCGUUGCUGGAAGGGGAGCUGGUCGACUUGUACAAGUUCUUACAGCAGAGCUUCAACCAGAAGCCGAUACGCCCUGAUCACCUCCGUGGUGUCCACCGUUCAGUCAUAGUGUUCUACGUCAUAUUGGGUAUCGGCGCAGUUACUGGGUGGUUUUGCUUGGCUCGAUACCGUUCUGAGUAG